UGUGUCAACACUACAAAAAAGGGCAACCUUCUUACACCAAAUCAGUCAGGAUAUCUCUGAGACGAUAACUCAUCAAAAUACAGAUUUGAAGUGGAUGCAAGAACAAGCAAAGAUCAUUUAUUUGACACACAGGUUAUACUUAGAUCUCAAGCAAGUGUCUGAAAACGGUUCAAAAGUUGAAACCAAUCAUUCAGAUCAAGAAGUGAAUGAAACAUUGUGCCAUCUCGAGGAGGUUAACUGUAUGUUGAGAAAGGAGCUGGAGCAGGCUGAGGAGAGGGUACGAAUGAUAGAGACAGGGAAUCAGAAACUGUUGGAAGAUAUCAAAAAAAUUGAGAACUAUCAUGAAGAACGGAUGCAAAAACUGGAAAUAGAAUUCCAGCACAAGAUACAAGAGCUGCAGAGGAUCCACGAAGAGGAAAUGAAACACUUGCAUGAUUAUUACAGCAAAUCAUGUUUUUCCAAAGAGAAACUGAACAAAAUGAUUGGAAAGUCAGCUUCAAGUCAAAGCCCCAAUGGAGCAGAGAGCAACAUGGAAGAACUGGACAAAUAUGAGAGGUUCAGUGCGCUGGAGGACAUGCACAAGAAGCUCAUCGGUGAUUUACAGCAGCAGCAUCAGAAAGAAGUGGCCAAACUCCUCAAGGAAAAAGACCAACUAUUGAAGGAGGAGACUGCUGCUACUAUGGCGGCAAUUGUAGCUAUGAGGAGAGCACAUAAGGAGGAACUGGAGAAAACCCGGUGCACUACAAACAUCAGGGAAAACGCAGACAUGUCGGAACUGCACAUUGAAUACGAAAAGGAGUUACAGACACUGAACAAAGACCUGGAGAUGUUGUCAGUGCAGCACACGGAGAAGUGUCUGGAGAACUCUCAGCUGAGCCAAGAACUGCAACACGAACGCAAGACUCUCAGGCAGUACCAAAGGGAAAACCAGGAGCUUAAAAUGAAACAGAGACAAGCCAAUGACAUCUCCCCUUUCCACUCUCUAAACGGUAAACACUUCACUCCAGAAGGAACUGACACCUAUGAGAUGGAAAUUAUUUUACGUGCAAGGGAAGCAGAGAUGCAGUUUCUCAGACAAGAAGCUCAGUCACUUAAGGAGGAAUUAAAACUCGCUCGAUUGGAUACUAUUUAUGCCCAGAACAAGCUGGAGUCCUUAUGUAUGGGAACUCCAGAUGAGAAACUGUUAGAAGAUUUGAAAUGGGCCACUUGGUCUUCAGACCGACAGGGUCAAAGCCAAAUGUUCUCAGAGGAGGCUGGGACCAACCAAUGUGAUGCUACUGUUCAAGAUAAAACUGUCAUCUCCCAACCGUUCAGAGCAGUGAGGUCCAAGAGUUUAAAAGAAGGCCUCUCUGUGCAAGAACAGAUGUCUUUAUUUAAAUCCUGAUGCCAGCAUUAUGGG